AUGAGAAUUACUUUAAUGAAUUUGAAAAUAAUUCUCUGUUUCUUUGUAAUUUUGGAAUCAGUGUUCAGUGACAAUGAUGAGAAUAAAGAUGAUAAACAUAAUGCAUUUGGAUUUCCCGGUUGGAGACCACCUCCAAAUCGUUGGAAAAUUAAUAAAUAUUGUCCCGAUAUUAAAAGUUGUUCAGAUUGUGUUGAUUCUCCCUGCACUUGGUCAUUGGAAAAAGUUGGAUGCUAUAAAUGUUCGGUAAUACAGAGGCAGAAGAAAUGUAAAACUUUUCCAAAAAAUACCACCGCUGUUACAUCGGACAAUAAAAAUUCACUAAAAUGCCCAUCGUUUAAUAGUGAGCAGAAAACAUUUUUCAUACCUUCAGGAACGAAUAAAUCUAUAACUGUCAAAGCAAAUCUUGAUGGCAGCAAAGAUGCCUUGAUAUUAUUAAAUUACCGUUGCCAAUAUGAAAUAGAAGGAAAAAAGGUUGAAGUGAAAGCAAAAUUAUUGGCAGACACAAUUUAUUGCGAUCCAUAUUUAUUUUCUUAUGAAUCAAAGAAACCAAAAAUUCAAGUCAAAUUGAAAAUUUACGCCGGUGGGAAUGGUUAUUUUUUAGAGAAUCCCGACGAUGUUUGCAUUGAAAUUUACAAAUGUAAAGAAAUGGCGAAUAAUUGUAAAUCAUCCUCGACAAUGGAGAAAAAAUACAAUUGUGGCUGGUGUGAGAAGACAAAUAGUUGUGAGAAUCGUGAUGAUUGCGAAAAACCAGCAAUUCGUCCAAACUUUAGUUAUUGAAAACAAUUCUAAACUAAACUUCUUCUCUGAAUCAAUUAAUUUUAAUAAUUUUCCGGAAGUUUUUCGAGAAUUGAAUUCUUUAAAUACAAAACUUCAAUUUUUUAUAAUAAUUGUAACUGCAACGUCUCAUGAUUUCUCUUUAAAGUUAUUAAUUAUUAUAAUACAC